AUGAGCAAAGCUGAAGAGAAGAUCGGGUUCCACAAGGACUCCAACUCCAUUGAGCCCAUCAUCUCGGAAAUCAAGCCAUAUUCGUCGGACGAAGAACCCGACAAGGGCUUUGUUGGUAACUUCAUCGACUCAUUCAGGGAGGACACGGAAAACAAGACUUUGGACCACAAGGAGCUUAAAAUGUCCCACUUGUGUGUCAUUGCGCUUAGUUCCGGUCUCGGAACCGGUCUUUUGGUUGGCUCUGCCACCAAGUUGAAGUCUGGUGGUCCUCUCUCCAUUCUUAUUGCAUACAUCAUUGUCGGUACCAUGGCUAUCUGUACCAUGAACUCUGUCGGUGAGUUGACCGUUGCAUACUCGUCUUUGCAAGGUGGUUUCAACGAGUGGUACCAGAAGUUCUUGGACCCUUCUAUUGCAUUUGCGCUCGGCUGGAACUACUGGUUCCAGUGGAUCACCACCAUUUCGCUUGAGUUGGUCACUGCAGCAUUGACGAUCAAGUUCUGGAACUCCGAGCUCAAUCCAGACAUUUUCGUCACCAUUUUCUUCUUGCUCAUUUGCUUCAUCAACCUUUUCGGUGUGAGGGGCUAUGGUGAGGCAGAAUUCGUCAUGAACUCCAUCAAGCUUCUCAUGCUUCUGGGUUUCUUCCUCAUGGGUCUUUGUAUCGAUUUGGGUGCUUCCAAGUCCGGAUAUAUCGGCGGCAAGUACUGGAGAGACCCAGGUGCCAUCACAAACUUUAAAGGUUUGGUCACCUGUUUUUCCACUGCUUCCUUUUCCAUGGGUGGUACUGAAUUUUUGGCGCUUUCCGUCUCCGAAGUCAGAAACCCUCGUACUGCGCUUCCGACUGCCAUUCGUCUUGUGUUUUUCCGUAUCAUCUUCUUUUACCUCGGUACCUUGGUGAUGGUCGGUCUUUUGGUGCCCUACACCUCCGAUAGACUUAUGGGAACCAACACAGAAUCCGCUAACGAUGCUUCUCCAUAUGUGCUUGCAGCAGACCUCCACUCUGUCAAGGUUGUUCCACACAUUGUGAAUGCCGUUAUUCUCAAUUCUGUCACUUCCGUGGCCACCGCUGCCAUGUACUCGUCCUCCAGAUUAUUGCGUUCUCUUGCUCAGCAAGGUUUGGCUCCAAAGUGGUUUGACUACACUGACAGAGCCGGCAGACCAUUGAGAGCAUGGUUGGUGAGUAUUUUGGCUGGUAUCUUUGCAUUCAUUGCCGAGUACGAAAAACAGGCCACGGUCUUUGACUGGUUGAUGUCCAUUGUGGCUCUUUCCAUUGUGUUCAUCUGGCCUGCUCUUUGCAUCUGUCACCUUAGAUGGAGAGCCUGUUUGAGAUACCACAAGAUCCCCUUGGACACGCUUGGUUUCGUUUCUUACACGGGCGAGUGGGGAUCGUGGCUUUCUGUGAUUAUCAACUCGCUUGUGUUGAUCGGACAAUUCUGGGUGGCUCUUUUCCCCACCGACAAGCCCGAUGUGGCCAAUUUCUUCCAGAACUACGCCGGUGUGCCUUUCCUUUUGGUUUGUUUCUUUGGCCACAAGAUCUUCGCCGGCAGCUGGUCGAAAUGGUGGCAUAAGAUCGAGGAUAUCGAUAUCGAUGCCGGCAGAACCAUUUACGACAAGGAGCAGUUGGAGUUGGACAGGGAGGAACUCAAGCAGAAGAUUGCCAGCGCCCCCUUUUGGAAAAAACCGUUUGUGUGGUUUUUCAACUCGUCCUAG